AUGACAGUCACUUAUUCCAGCAAAGUAGCAAAUGCCACCUUCUUUGGAUUUCACAGGUUACUCCUCAAGUGGAGAGGAAGUAUCUACAAGCUACUGUACAGAGAAUUUAUUGCCUUUGCCAUUCUUUACACAGCAAUAAGUUUAAUGUACAGAUUGUUCCUUACAGGAGCCCAAAAACGUUACUUUGAAAAAUUAUCAAUUUACUGUGACAGAUAUGCUGAGCAAAUCCCAGUAACCUUUGUGCUCGGGUUUUACGUUACUCUGGUAGUCAACCGUUGGUGGAACCAGUUUGUGAACCUUCCCUGGCCAGACAGACUUAUGUUCCUUAUCUCCAGCAGUGUCCAUGGAAGAGACGAAUACGGACGUUUGCUUAGAAGGACGCUGAUGCGUUAUGUGAAUUUAACUUCCUUGCUCAUCUUUCGCUCGGUGAGCACGGCCGUAUACAAGAGAUUUCCAACGAUGGACCACGUCGUAGAAGCGGGUUUCAUGACAGCAGAUGAGAGAAAAUUAUUCGAUCACCUUAAGUCUCCCCAUCUGAAAUACUGGGUCCCAUUCAUCUGGUUUGGAAACCUGGCUUCCAAAGCUCGGAAGGAAGGUCGAAUCCGAGAUAGCGUCGAUCUACAAUCCCUGAUGACUGAAAUGAACCGGUUCCGAUCCUGGUGCAGCCUGUUGUUCGGUUACGACUGGGUGGGGAUUCCUCUGGUCUACACCCAGGUUGUCACUCUGGCCGUCUACACCUUCUUCUUUGCAUGCCUGAUUGGACGCCAGUUUCUGGAUCCCAGCAAAGGUUAUGCCGGGCAUGACCUGGAUCUUUACAUUCCAAUCUUCACCCUCCUCCAGUUCUUCUUCUAUGCGGGAUGGCUCAAGGUAGCCGAGCAACUAAUCAAUCCAUUUGGUGAAGACGAUGAUGAUUUUGAAACAAACUGGUGCAUCGACAGAAAUUUACAGGUCUCCCUCCUGGCCGUGGACGAAAUGCACAUGAACUUGCCCAAGAUGAGAAAGGACAUCUACUGGGAUGACUCGGCGGCCCAACCGCCGUACACGCUAGCCGCUGCCGACUACUGCAUUCCCUCCUUCCUCGGAUCCACCAUUCAGAUGGGACUGUCUGGGGCCGACCUGACCCACGGCGAGGAAUGGCUUUGGGAUGACGAGAAGCACGGCCAACGGCGUUCGGUCAUCAGACGUGUCAAGCGCUUCUUGAGCGUCCACGAGAACCCCUCCAGCCCGGUGAGGCGGGCCUACGGAAGGCAAGCCAGCGACAGCUCCACGUUUUUCCCCACGAGCGACCUCAGACACAUCAGCGGCCUGCUCGAAGUCCCCCCGAGAAGCCAGUACCGGACGUCCUUGGCCCGGAAGAAGCCGGGGCUGGCGGAGGGCAGCCCCCGUCUGCACUCGAGCGUGGGCGAACUGUCCACCCUCCGAGAACUGAGCAGGACCAGCACCGUGCUGAGCCUCAGCCCCCCGUCUAGCGUGAGCGCCUCCCCCACAAAAAUGAUGCAGGUCCCAGAAGUACUGGUCACUUCUGCUGAAGGCCCGGACCCCGGCAUGUCCGGCCACCAGCCCGCCGACCCCAAGUCGCCCCUUUCGGACUGUGUGUCUGGAGAAAACUGGCAGAGCGGACCCGACGGAUGUCUUCCAGAGUUGCUCCUUAUGGAACAGCCUACGACUCCCGCGAGAGCCAGCCCCGAAACCGGCUCAAUAAAAGCGGAGGAUGAAAACCUCCAAUUCGUCUCUGAGGGGGACCCCCAGGAGGACCCCAGAUACCUGAAAAGAUGGAGUCUCCCGGAAUUCCUGGAGUCCAGCCAGACCACCAUCGCCGGACCAAGCGUGGAUCCCGAACCCCUCCUGCUCCUCGACCCGGAAAAUACCUCCCAGAGCAGCAGAAUUAACUUUGUCGCUGCCCCCACGGGCCCUCCGGAUGUGUGUUAUUUACUGGAACGCCUGGAUGCGAAAGAAACGGACAUCAUAGAGUUUAAUCCCGAGCAAACUGAAGACCGUCGGUUGGGACCGAGCAAAUCAUCUGGAAUUUGGUUCUAGAACAUACAGAACCUUCUCGAAAGGAACUCCGUGGGGUCUGGGAGGUCUGGAACUCGGCUGGGUUCUCCCCAAGCUGUGGAACUUGGAAAAUCACCUCUCCGUUUAGUGUGACAACUGGAACUUGGAGUGUGGGAGGAGGGCGGGGGGGGAGAAACCACAUUUUCAAUCCAAGAUUUCUGAGAGCUGAGGAAACAAUCGUACGUCCACACCCCGUCACCUACCCCUUCAUUGGAAUUGUUUCCAGGAGGGUGAUUCAGGCUGCAGUGUCAAACCUUUCAACCAAAUCCAAUUUCUGGUGUGAAUUAGAAGCCAGGGACUUUCCUUUCCUCAAAGCCCUUGGAUUUCAUUUUCCCUAUUGUUCGCCCAAGAAACCAGAAGCUGAUCUAACCACCAUCGUCCAGCCCGAUGAAUCCUCCAGUGCGGAGGGUCCCCAUAAUCUUUCAGGGGAAGAUGUAUGGGGGGGGGCCCUCUCAAGCUAGCCCUGAACCUCCCUGAAUCAUUCUAACCAGUCUAGAUAGUCUGGACAGACAAGUCAAGGGUGUCAGCUUCCUGUUCACCCUCCGCUACUGCUCUCCCUCAGUGCUCUCGACUCUUGAACAGCUUUCUGGACUCUGCUGGGUCUGAAAAGCCUUUGAGGGCAUGGGGAUCUCCUCCCCUAGUGAACCUAGAGAAGCAACGUCGCCUAGUGGAUAGAGCAUGGGCCUGGGAGUCAGAAGGA